UUUCUGGGGAUCUUCUCUCGCCGUUUUUUUUUUCCUUUUAAAUCAAUUAAAUAAAAUAAUGCUUUCUGUUUGCCACCAGGCCCCGCCUGCCAUUGGCCAGGGCUGGCCACGUGACCAGGAAUUGGCUGCAAUUUCGCCCCAGUCUCGAGUUUAAUAGAGCAAGGUCCCCAUACGCCUGUAUUAUCAGCAAUAUAACAAUUAUAAAAAGCCCGAGAACCAUCAUCAUCACUGCCAUAAAAACUGAGGCCCUAAGAUUUCUUUCCCUCUCCCCAUCCUCCUCCCUCUCCCCCCCCUCCCGCUUUUUAAACCCUGGGCCCUGGAAAAGCCAUGAAUUUUGAAUUUGAGAGGGAGAUCGGGUUUAUAAAUAGCCAGCCUUCGCUCGCAGAGUGCCUGACGUCUCUUCCCGCUGUCCUGGAGACAUUUCAAACUUCAUCAAUCAAGGACUCGACAUUAAUUCCUCCUCCUUUUGAGCAAACCGUCCUCAGCCUGAAUCCUUGUUCCAGCAGCCAAGCAAGACCGAGGAGCCAAAAAAGAGCAUCCCAUGGCCUGUUCCAGCUGCAGCCUCGGCCCCCGGCACAGCCCGGCCCCUUGGCCGCGGAAUUCCCCUGGAUGAAAGAGAAGAAAUCCUCCAAGAAAGCUGCCCAGGCUCCAUCCUCCUCUUCCCCCCUAUCAUCUUCCUCGGUGCCGGUCCCUGCCGCAGGAUCUCCUGCAGACACCCAGGGGCUGGCAGACACCAGCGGCUCCAGGAGGCUCCGGACCGCGUACACCAACACGCAGCUGCUGGAGCUGGAGAAGGAAUUUCACUUCAACAAAUACCUCUGCAGGCCCCGGCGGGUGGAAAUCGCGGCUCUGCUCGACCUCACCGAGCGGCAAGUCAAGGUCUGGUUCCAGAACCGCCGCAUGAAGCACAAGAGGCAAACCCAGUACAAAGAACCCCCCGACGGGGAUCUCGCCUACCCCGGCCUGGAGGAGGGCAGCGACCCCGCGGAGGAGGCGGAGGGGAGCCCGGCGGCCGGGCCGGGCCCGGAGCCCCGCGCUUUCCCCCGCACCGAGGAGCCGGGCAGCGAGCGGGCGGCCGGGGGGGAGCCCAGCGCCAGCGGCCCCUCGGCCCGGGGCUGCCCCGAGAGCCAGGACUCGCCUUUGUUGCCAGAGCUGAGCAUCUUCUCGGCAGAGUCCUGCCUGCAGCUCUCGGAGGGGCUUUCCCCCGUCCUGCAGGGCUCCCUGGACAGCCCCGUCCACUUCUCCGAGGAAGACCUGGACUUCUUUACAAGCGCACUUUGUACUAUAGAUUUGCAACAUUUCCAUUUUCAGUAGCCACCCCCGCUCCCCGCCCGCUCGCCGUUUCUGCCCCUUCCUGAGCCACUGCCAAGUCGCCCCAAUCUUCCGCCAGAGGUGGGGUCACCCCCCAAAAUAACCCCAAGCCAUCUCUCAUUAAUCACCGCACCCCGCCCCCCGAACAUUUUCGUUUAAAUCUUCUCACACUGUGGGACGAGAAUCAGCUUCCCAGUGUUUAUUCUAAAAGUCUCACGUGAAAAAUCAGCCCGAUUUUUUUGCUAAAUGCAGGUAUUUAAUGAUAGGUUUAUUUUUUCUUAUUUAUUUUAACGAAAGCACCCGGUGGUUCUCACGCACAUCAGAGAUGUCAGCCCUCCAGAGAAAACAUUUGUAAAUCCUUCAAACGACUAUCUCAGGAAUCAGAACGAGACGUUUAGAUUUCUUAAUAAAAUGAAAUAAUAAUAAAAAACAACAGGGGAAUUUGCCUUCCUCUUUUUAAGUUUUAGAUGUAGACUAUUUAUUCAAAUCCUUUAAUAGUAAAUGGGAAAUUAUUUAUUGUACAUUAUUUUCAUAGAGUAAAUAAAUGUAUUUAUAAAACCAAGAAA